AUGUCAUAUGUACUUAAAGUGCAUCCAUGCUGGAAGGAUGGACAACCACAUCGGAAAGUGGAGAUAGACCUGAGUUCACUCGGAUUAGCAGUGUUUGAACUGGAAAGACUCCUAUUCACAGGCAAAGCCAUCAUCAGCCAUGCAGAUGAAGUUUGGCCAAGACUUUAUAUUGGUGACCAACAUAGUGCAGAGAACCUGGCUGACCUAUCCACCCAUAGGUUCACCCACAUCUUGAAUGCAGCUCACAGUGGACGAAAAGGAAAACCAGAGUUUUAUGAGAGAAUGAACGUCUCCUACAUGGGCAUAGAAGCUCGAGACUCCUGUGAAUACGACAUGAGCGUCAGCUUUCAGGCAGCUGCAGACUUCAUCCACAGAGCUUUGAACAGAGGAGGCAAAGUGCUGGUGCAUUGCCACGUGGGAGUGAGCCGCUCUGCCACCCUGGUCCUGGCUUACCUGAUGCUCAAGCAGAACCUGACUCUAGUGGAGGCUAUUUGUACAGUGAAAGAGAGCCGGGGAGUGAUUCCCAAUCGAGGCUUCCUCCGACAGCUCAUCAAACUGGAUAGACAGCUUUUUAGCAAACACUGA